AUGUCGACUCCAAUAUCACCCUUUUAUCGUCCUGGUGUAUUUCCAGCUUUAUCUUCCCGUCUUUUAAUUAGUGCAUCACAGUCUCUUCGAUUGGCAAUUCAUUCACAACUUCUCCUUAGAAGUUUUUAUAAUGCUCCCUUAUGUCUCACCGACUUGCCACUAACUGCAACCAAAGGCUUUACUUAUUUAAUAGCGGCUUCGUGGCAUCCAAAAAGAAAACGACACACAACGGUUAAUAAUAUACCGAAUGGCAGUGGUCACCGAUGGUGGACAGAAAAUAAAAAAGUAGGGAAGGUUGAUGCCGGGGACGACGCUUUUUUCUAUGUUGGAACAAAUAAUGGUGUUGCUUUAGGAGUUGCGGAUGGAGUUGGUGGAUGGUCUCAAAUGGGUGUAGAUCCUGCUAAAUUCUCUUGGGCGUUGAUGGAUAAUGCUGCAAAUGUUGCAAAAGAUUUUAACGCAUUUGAUCGGCUUGCAUUAUUCAACGCUCCACAUAAACAUGGAGAUAUAUUAGAUGCCAAGCAAAUAUUAAGUGGGGCAUUUGAUAAUUUAAUGAAAAGUGGAAAGGUUAAAGCAGGAAGUUCAACGGCUUGUAUUCUUUCAUUAUCUAAAACUUCGGGUAUUCUUAAUGCAGCUACUUUAGGCGAUUCAGCCUAUCUUCUUAUUCGCAAUGGUCGACUUUUAUAUGAAUCUCCUUCUCAACAACAUUUCUUUAAUUGUCCAUAUCAAUUGACUGUUGUACCUGAUCAUUAUCCCAAUCAAAAACUCUAUUUUAAAGACAAACCCAGUGAUGCAUAUCAAGUUAGUCAUCAACUUCAGGAUGGUGAUGUUCUUUUGUUAGCAACGGAUGGAUUCUUCGAUAAUGUAUUUACUGAAGAAGCUGUCACUAUAGUAAAUACAGAACUUCAAGAUAUUAUGGGUCAAGAUAAGAAAUAUUGGGGAAAUGAUUAUGAAGAACUUAGAACACAUGUGAGAAGAUUAUCUCGAAGAUUAACAGAUACUGCACGACGAUAUUCACUGGAUCCUUUAAGAGUUAGUCCAUUUUCACAAAGUGCAAAGAAAAGUGGCGAAUUCCGUGCUGGCGGUAAAGUAGAUGAUAUCACGGUACUAGUUACGCUUGUUCAAGCAAAUUAA